AUGUGGUGGACUUGGCAAACGGUGACACCGUUUGGUCUCAGAACACUUAUGGCAGUAACCAGCGAGGACUGGGUCAAGCUUUCGAUGGCUCCUCCGAGAUUGCAGCUCCGGUACACCUUUCAGUCUGGAGACCACGUCAUCACCUCCGUGAAGGUAUGGAACGUCCCCGGCGCGGGGCACCACGCCGGCAAGGUCGAUGUCAAGUACUGGACCGGCAGCGACUGGGAAGAUGUCACGAACCAAAGCCCGGAGGGCUUCACCAACAAGAUCGACACGGAAGAGAUCGAAAUCAAGUUCGAUGCCGUGACCACCUCCCAAUUCCGGCUGGACUUCUGGGCGCAUGCGAGCGCCGGCAAUCCCACCUGCGUGGGGGCUACGGAGGUUCAGAUUAUCGGCUGCAAGGGCCCUUGA